AUGGCCGAGCAGACGCAAGCUGCAAGCAGUGCCGCCGUGCGAACAAAUUCGGCGGCUUUCACACCCGAUGCACCCCCUGUCGACCAUGUGCAUCCGCCCAUCCAAGUUAUCGGCUGCCUGAUAUCGCUGGCCGUCACGGCCGCAAUGGGAGCCGCCGCGGCUCGGCUCGUGCCGCUUACCGGAAUCCGGCCUCCUCCGAUGCUGUCGAUGCUGUUCACGGGCGUCCUUCUUCGCAACCUAUUCCCUUCGAUCAUUGUCUCCAUCCCGCACUCGUGGACAACCAAAUUGUGGUCGCUCGCGCUGACGGCGGCGAUUGCCCGAGCGGGGCUGACCCUCAAGCUCGACCGCAACCUGUGGCAAGUCCUCAAGAUCGGGUCCAUCCCGCUGCUGGUCGAGUCGACGGUGCUGAUGUGGCUGGCCUUCUCGGUCCUCCGCCUGCCGCUUCCAUUUGCGGCGCUAUUUGCCUUUGGAAUCGGCAGUAUCAGUCCCGGGGUGGUCGUGCCGCUGCUCUUUGCGACCAAGGAGCGGAUGGCUGUCAAACGCAGCGGAGGACUGCCGCUGACCCAGAACGCAGCCGAACUGGCCCUGGGCAACGACCUUCAGGGCUUGCUCUCGAUUCUGCUGGGCUCGAUUGGCAUCGACGUCUUUGUGGCCACGACGGUCUUUGGCAUCUCGCUCUCGAUCAGCUUUGGAGUUCCCGUCUCGGUUUGGAACGUCGCCAAGGAACUGGCCACAGGGCUCUUGCUCGGCACCUUCCUCGGAGCAGGUCUGGGAUGGACUAUUCACACCUAUGCCGGACGGUAUUUUGGUGUCGCCGGCGUCUAUCUCGGAAGCGCGAUCGCCAUGAUGGCUCUGAAGCAACAGGGAAGCGUUGGGGCAGCCAGUCUGGUUGUCAUGCUUGCCUGGAGCACCUGGGCCAACGGCGGCACGGUCCAACACGAGGACUUGGUCUGGGCAGACCAGCAGCUGAAACGCGUCUGGACGCUGUUGGAGCCGCUUCUCUUCCCCAUCAUCGGCUCAUCCAUCUUCCUGGGCGAGAUGCCCGUCUCGGUCGUGGUUCCUUGCGUCCUCAUCAUCAGCUGCGGGUUCGUGUUCCGGAUGCUGGCCACAUAUCUGGUGAGCCGGGAGCUCGUCGGGUUCGGACACAUCGAGAGCAUGUAUGCCUCCGGCGUCUGGAUUGGCAAAGCCAGUGUCCAGGCCACGUUGUGCACGGCCGCCAUCGAAAUGGUUCACUCGGUGCACUUUGAGCACCGACGCGAGAACUAUUACUCUCAGGUGGUAUUUGUGGGCAUGGUGACGGCGACGCUCUUGGCACCUCCGAUCGCCAGCGCCCUCGCCCAUCGACUCGAGUCCGAGUUGAUGAUGACCCCGCCGGUAACACCGCACGGCCAGCAGCUGAAGGAAUCUGAUCUCCACUGA